GGAGUCUCUCAUAGAAACAUGCACUUUUACUCACUCCUGAGUUCUUUAAUUCUAUUUGUGUUACUCCUCUGUAUCUCAGAAUAUGUUUACUGUGGAACUGAACAGCCUCCGAGACUCUGACUCUGGAUAUUAUUGGUGUGCUGUGGAAAUUGGUGGGACAGAAACCCCUGAUGACAAGGAUUAUUUAUACCUGACAGUCAGUGCAGAUCCUGCUGUGUCAGUGAUAAACAGCAGAGUGAGUGGUCAGGAAGGGGGCAGCGUCAGUGCCCAGUGUCUCUAUAGAGCUGAAUAUCAGAAUAAACAGAAGAACUGGUGCAGAUUUAAAGACUGGAGCUGCUUCACAGUGGGGAAGACUACCACAUCCCAGAAUUCAGCAGUGCUGGUCAGUGAUGAUGAAAAAGGAUCUGUCAGUGUGGAGAUGAGGGGUCUGCAGAAGAGUGAUGCUGGCUGGUACUGGUUCAGUGCAGGAGAUGUGGGGGUUACUGUUCACCUCACUGUCACUGAAAGACCUUCAAUUGUGACUACAAGUUUAAGCAGUCAGGAAACCCAGGAAAGUGUAAACACUCCAGAUUCUGUGAGCCUGAAGACACUGAAAAAUUUAGCUGUAAGACGCAGAGAAUCUCUCACUAUUCCAUGUGUUUAUGAUGAGAAAUACAAAUCACACCGUAAAUACUGGUGUAGGGGGUAUUACUGGUCCUUCUGUACAAUAGUAGCCUAUACAAACCCAAGUGGAAGAACAUCAGUCACUGAUCAUCCAACCCAGAAUAUGUUUACUGUGGAACUGAAGAGCCUCCAAGACUCUGACUCUGGAUAUUAUUGGUGUCAUGUGGAAAUUAGUGGCGGAUCAGAUGACGGUGAUUAUGUGUACCUGACGGUCAGUUCAGAUCCUGCUGUGUCAGUGAUAAACAGCAGUGUGAGUGGUCAGGAAGGGGGCAGCGUCAGUGUCCAGUGUCUCUAUAGAGCUGAAUAUCAGAAUAAACAGAAGAAGUGGUGCAGAUUUAAAGACUGGAGCUGCUUCACAGUGGGGAAGAUUACCACAUCCCAGAAUUCAGCAGUGCUGGUCAGUGAUGAUGAAAAAGGAUCUGUCAGUGUGGAGAUGAGGGGUCUGCAGAAGAGUGAUGCUGGCUGGUACUGGUUCAGUGCAGGAGAUGUGGGGGUUCCUGUUCACCUCACUGUCACUGAAAGACCUUCAACUGUGACUACAAGUUUAAGCAGUCAGGAAACCCAGGAAAGUGUAAACACUCCAGAUUCUGAGAGCCUGAAGACACUGAAGAAUUUAGCUGUAAGACAUGGAGGAUCUCUCACUAUUCCAUGUUUUUAUGAUGAGAAAUACAAAUCAAACCUUAAAUACUGGUGUAAAGGGCAGGAAUGGCUCCUCUGUAAAAUAGUAGCCUAUACAAACACAAGUGGAAGAACAUCAGUUACUGAUCAUCCAACCCAGAAUAUGUUUACUGUGGAACUAAACAGCCUCCAAGACUCUGACUCUGGAUAUUAUUGGUGUGCUGUGGAAAUUAGUGACAGAUCAGAUGACGGUGAUUAUGUGUACCUGACGGUCAGUUCAGAUCCUGCAGUGUCAGUGAUAAACAGCAGAGUGAGUGGUCAGGAAGGGGGCAGUGUCAGUGCCCAGUGUCUCUACAGUGCUGAAUAUAAGAAUAAACAGAAGAAGUGGUGCAGAUUUAAAGACUGGACAUGCUUCACAGUGUGGAAGACUACCACAUCCCAGAAUUCUGCAGUGCUGGUCACUGACUAUGGAAAAGGAUCCGUCAGUGUGGAGAUGAGUGGUCUGCAGAAGAGUGAUGCUGGCUGGUACUGGUUCAAUGCAGGAGAUGUGGGAGUUACUGUUCACCUCACUGUCACUGAAAGACCUUCAACAACAGCUGUGACUACAAAUUUAAGCAGUCAGGAAACUCAGGAAAGUAUGACCACUCCAGAGGAAACUACAUGUUCUGGCACUGAGAAACCCAAAGAGUCACAGCAGUUCUGUCUUUCACACAACUGAAUGAUUGCACAAACGCUGAGAUCCUGGAGGUGUCGAUAAUUAAGAAGCUACAACACUGCAGCUUUUGCCUCUGAGCUUCUGUUGUGGGCAACAGGUUCAUCAGCACUGUCAGUUUAGAACGUAUUUCUUCAUCUUCUUGCUUCAUGAGCUCCUGUUCUGACUAGUGUUUCUGCUUUUAUUGGUCUCUGUGAACAAACUCCAACCCAGACUACAUACUAAAAUCUCAGCCAGUAGAGUCUCACUUAAACCCAGCAAUCAGUUCACGUCACCACUAUUCUCUAUUAACUGCAACGGUUCCUCUCAUCCCAAAUUUAAUAUAUAAACCUAAUUCCAGAACUUGUUGGGACCGUAUGUGAAAUGGCAAUAAAACAGAGCAGUGAUUAGCAAAUUCUGUUGAACUGUAUUAAAUUACAAACCGUAGCAAAACACAAUAUCUGAUGUUUUACAUUGUGAACUUCAUUGUUUUUUGUGUAUGUAAUCUUUCCAAAUAUGAAGUUGGAACAGGAGCAUAUUUGUCAUUGUUGCACCACCUUUGAAGUGACCCACUGCUCUUUAAGUGACAUACGCAGAACUAUGAUCCUCACUUUUGUUUGUCAUUCUUGUUGGGAAACUGUAAACUUCAAUCAGACAGAAAUAAUUUCUUCAGAAAUGUUCAAGUUUUGUAUGUAAAAUGGAAGUUAUUUACUAAUGUGGAGCUAUAAUAAAGAUUAGUGUACAUUUCAGGAGGCUCAUUU